AUGUCCGGCUGGGAGAUGGCCCGAGCCCCGAGAGCUUUCACACAUUCAGCUCUUGGCGAGCUAGGGGUUGCGCUGGUGCUUUGCAACCGAAGGUCUCCCCGCGUUCCACCCCUCCAGACUCGCAGCAGAUGCCCGGCCCCAAUGACGUCACGUGGCCGCCAGGUGAUCCUCGGCCUUUGGCGUCAAGCGCCGAUGACGUCACCCAGGCGCGGGGCCUUCCCCCUCCCCCCUCCCCCGGCGUGGUUGGUCCAGUUCACGUGGGUCGGACAGGCGCUCCCGCCCCCUCCCACCUGCGGGGGGCGGAGUCCGGCAGGAGGGGGCGUGACCUAUCUGAAGGGGGCGGGCCCGGGGCGGGGCUGCAGGGCGCGGCGGCGGCCAGCCGGGCUGCAUACAAUAGCCAGGCUGCGACGGGGGCCGAAGGUACGGCCGCGCGGUGGGCGCCCCGCACCGCUGCCCGACCCCAUCCCGCCCCGCUCCGCCCGUAGGCUGCACGGGGUCCCCUCCGCCAUCGCCGGCUCCCCGCAGUCGCCUCUCCCCGCUCAGAGCCCGCGCUCUCCCCAGUCUCCCCCUCAGCGAACGCACCCCGCCCCCUCGCUAUCCCGGCGCGCCCCCCGCUCCCCGCGGCCCGCAGCGGCCCGCCUUAGGACCCCGGGCGUGAGGUACCCGGAGAACGCGGGGCGGCCGCCCGCGCACCCCGCCGCGCUCUCCCCGGGCUCGGCGGCCGCCGCCAGGAGGAGGAGGAGGAGGAGCAGAGCGAGUGCAGAAGGUGAGAGACCCCCCCACUCCGCCCGGUGCUCCCUGCAUCGCGGCGUGCGGGCGCGGGUCGGGGAAGGCGCGGGGGCAGGGGCGUCAGGUGAGCAGAGGCGGGCGCCGCCCCGCGAGGCCGACCGACCGCUCCCCUUCGGGCCAACAAAGGCCCCCGGUGCCAGCUCAGAGGCGACCGCGGGUCCCCGCAGCCGGGACCCUGGGGGACCCCGAGGGUGUGCUCUGGCGGGGGAGGGACCGCAGGUCCCGGUCCCUUCGGGGUCCUGGGACGCUGGAACGGACCCGUGA